AUGAAUUCCGAAAUGAGUAGUUCGAUGCAAUCAAGACGUAUUGGUGGCCCCGGACCCCAUGGCACUCCCGAAAGUGAAUUUAGCAUCGAAUGUUUUCAAAAUUACACUGCCUCUGAAGUCUUUGUUCAAGGUCUGGCUGGUUUGGUAAAUCAAGGAGAUGUCGAAAGUAUGAUAAGAGCUCAAAAACAAAUGCUACAACGCUUUGAAAAAACCAACGAAAUGCUACUCAAUUGCAAUGCCCUUAGUCAAAGUCGCUUAAAAUUAGCUGGCGAUGAUUUUAAGAAACAUGUCAAACUUUUAAAUGAAAUGAAAAAAGAUUUAGAUUAUAUUUUCAAAAAGAUUCGAAUUAUUAAAACAAAAUUGAGUACUCAAUAUCCAACAGCUUAUGUUGAGGCACAACCUCAAAGGAAUAGUUUAGCCGAAGAGGCAGAAGAUGAUGAGGAUGCGUCGAGUGUUGUUGAAAUACCGAAACAGACGAAACCAGUGUCGGAAAAGAAAUCCAAAGACACGACUGUUGAAUACGUUCAAAUGGAGGAAGCCGUAGAAAAUGGUAAACCUGUUGAAAAUGAUCUCAUUAAGCGAGUGUGUUCGAUUGAGUCGGCAAAUCCUAAUGAUUCUUCCGAUUGUACUUCUGAGGAUACUGGCUAAGGAAGAGGGAGGUAGUCUAUAGUUCUAAUUGCUUAUUUAUUUUGUUGUUUGUUUUAAGUUAGUUAUUUAAGAAGGUUCAUUUGAAUUCCAUCGCAAUAAAUCGGAUAGAUAAA